AUGACGAGCGAAUUCGGAUGUACACUAUCCGAACUUCGCGAACUAAUGGACCUUCGAGGUGUCGAAGCCCUCACGCAAGUGAAGAAAAAAUAUGGUGGUGUUGAAGGUUUAUGUGCAAAAUUAAAAACUGAUCUGCUAACAGGAUUAUCUAAUGAUAAAUCAUCAUUAGAAAGAAGGCGAAAAGUAUUUGGCAGAAAUGAAAUUCCACCUGUACCUUCCAAAUCUUUCUUGCGAUUAGCCUGGGAAGCUUUGCAAGACAUAACGCUUAUUAUUUUAUUGGUCUCAGCUCUUGUAUCUUUAGGUUUAUCAUUUUACAAACCGCCUGAUGACUUAGAGAAAGGUGGACAUGAUGCGGGUGAACGAGAAGCUGGCUGGAUUGAAGGAGCAGCCAUAUUGCUUGCUGUUAUAGUCGUUGUUUUAGUCACAGCUUUAAAUGACUGGAGUAAAGAAAAGCAAUUUCGAGGAUUGCAAGCAAAAAUAGAAACUGAACAUAAAUUUUCUGUAAUACGAAAUGGAGAGGCUCUUGAUACCGUUGUUACUGAAUUAGUUGUUGGUGAUAUUGCACGGAUUAAAUAUGGUGAUUUGCUACCCGCUGAUGGUUUCUUAAUACAAAGCAAUGAUCUAAAAAUAGAUGAGUCAUCAUUAACUGGUGAAUCAGAUCUUAUAAGAAAGAGUCCUGAAGAUGAUCCUGUAUUAUUAUCUGGUACUCAUGCAAUGGAAGGAAGUGGCAAAAUGGUUAUAACAGCAGUCGGUAUUAAUUCCCAAACUGGAAUUAUCAUGACAUUGCUUGGCGCAGCCAAAAGCAACAAUAAUAAAAAGGGAUUGAAUACAGUUUCUCCUGAAGAACAAGUUAAUGGUUCGCUAACUGGAGCACAACCUGAAAAUACUCGGAAGCAAUCAACAGAUUCAAGCGAAUAUGAUAUUAAAAUGUCAAAAUCAGUACUGCAAGGGAAAUUAUCAGCAUUGGCUAUUCAAAUCGGUUACAUGGGUCAGUGGGCCAGUUUUGUGGUUGCCGGAGCAACAAUGGUUAUUCUCAUACUACGUUAUUGCAUUACUCAGUACGCUAUAAAACAUGAACCAUUUAAACCCUCUGAUAUAUCUUAUUUUGUUAAUUUCAUUAUUGUCGGUGUCACUGUGUUGGUUAUCGCUGUGCCAGAAGGCCUUCCUCUUGCUAUAACACUUUCAUUAACGUAUUCAGUCAAAAAAAUGAUGAAGGAUAAUAAUCUGGUGCGACAUUUGGAUGCAUGUGAAACCAUGGGUAAUGCCACUGCUAUAUGUUCCGAUAAAACGGGUACUUUAACAACGAAUAGGAUGACAGUUGUACAAUCAUUCAUUAAUGAGGAAUAUUACAAAGAAUGUGCUCCAAAAUUUGAUAAAUUGGAUGAAAAUACUCGCAAACUCUUAAUUGAGGGAAUUGCUGUGAACAGUGGCUACAAUUCACAAGUGCUACUUCCUGAGCAGUCUGGCAUGCAAAGAAUUCAGCUUGGAAAUAAAACAGAAUGCGCUCUGCUUGGAAUGGUUCUUGAUUUAGGACAAAGUUAUGAAAGCAUACGAAAAGAACACCCGGAACAAUCACUUAUUAAAGUGUACACAUUUAACUCAGUAAGGAAGUCGAUGAUGACUGUUAUUAAGAUAUCAGCAGGUGCUUAUCGAAUUUAUGCAAAAGGAGCAUCUGAAAUCAUUUUGUCAAGAUGUUCAUACAUACUUGGAGCAAAAGGAGAAGUGAAACCAUUUGAUGAUAAGGAACAGCAAAAAUUAGUACGAAAUGUUAUUGAACCAAUGGCUUCUGAUGGUCUACGAACUAUUGGACUUGCUUACAAAGACUAUAUUCCAAAGAAUGAAAAGGCAGCCAAAAAUGAUAUAGUAUAUGAAGAAGCAAUUGAUUGGGAUAAUGAAGAAGAGAUAGGAUUAAAAAUGACUGCAAUUGCUAUUGUUGGAAUACAAGAUCCAGUAAGACCAGAGGUUCCAGCAGCAAUAGAACGAUGUCAGAAAGCUGGCAUUACUGUUAGAAUGGUGACCGGUGAUAACAUAAAUACAGCACGAUCAAUUGCAACUAGUUGUGGGAUUCUGAAACCAGGAGAAGAUUUUCUAGCUCUAGAAGGAAGAGAAUUCAAUGCAAGAAUUCGCGAUGCAAACGGUAAAGUGAAUCAAGCCAAAUUUGAUAUGAUCUGGCCACGAUUGCGGGUACUUGCUCGAGCACAGCCAUCAGACAAAUAUGUUCUAGUUAAAGGAAUAAUUGAUAGUAAAUUUUCAAAAAACAGAGAAGUGGUUGCUGUAACAGGCGAUGGUACAAAUGAUGCACCUGCUUUAAAAAAAGCAGAUGUGGGAUUCGCGAUGGGCAUCGCUGGUACAGAUGUUGCAAAAGAAGCAUCAGAUAUCAUUCUUACUGAUGAUAAUUUUACCUCUAUUGUAAAAGCGGUCAUGUGGGGCCGUAAUGUGUAUGACUCGAUCUCAAAAUUUUUACAGUUCCAACUAACAGUAAAUGUUGUUGCUGUUACGAUUGCAUUUAUUGGUGCAUGUGCUAUAAAUGAUUCUCCUUUAAAAGCUGUACAGAUGCUUUGGGUAAAUCUAAUUAUGGAUACAUUGGCUUCAUUAGCAUUAGCCACGGAACUGCCAACAGAAGAUUUAUUAGAACGAAAACCAUAUGGACGUACAAAAUCUCUCAUCUCUCGAACUAUGCUGAAGAAUAUUAUUGGUCAUGCAGUAUUUCAACUAAUUGUCUUAUUUGCUAUUCUUUUUUUUGGGCAUAAAUUCAUUCCGGACGAGGAAAAUGGCCACUGGGAACUACUGAAAUAUCUUUCUGCAAAACACUUCACUAUUAUAUUCAAUGCUUUUGUUUUAAUGACUUUGAUGAAUGAAAUUAAUUCAAGGAAAGUUCAUGGUGAACGAAAUGUUUUUAAGGGGCUCUUUACAAAUCCAAUAUUUUGCAUCAUAUGGAUCAUAACAUUGAUAUCUCAAGUGUUAAUUGUACAGUUCGGUGGUCCAUGGUUAUCAACAGCUCCUUUAACUGAGAUUCAAUGGGCUGUUUGUGUAGCUUGUGCAUUUGGCACUCUUGUUUGGGGUCAGGUUCUUGCAACAAUUCCAAGUAAAAUUCUCCCAAAAUUUUUUGCAUUUGGUGGUGGAGAAAUUCAGCCAACGUCUAUUCUAGUGACUGGUGAGUAUGAUACUACGGAUGGUUUAGUAAAAUCAAGGGAAAACCAAAAAAGACCUGGACAAAUGUUAUGGCUUUUAGGUUUGACGCGACUACAAACGCAGAUGCGUGUUAUCCGGGCCUUCCAAUCGAAUGCAUGUAUUGUUCAUUCAACUUCAUUAACAACUUCUACUACUCAACGUCUUCGUGCCAGUUAUCGUAGGCUUCAACUUGCAAAAGAAAGAGAAGAGCAAAUAAGGAUACAUUCCACAAGAUCCGAUGAUGAAAAUCAGAUAAAUAAUGCACCUAAAGAUACAUAG